AUGACUAUUUCCGAAGAGACAUGUAGAAAAUGGCUUCAAAAACUGGGUUGGGAACAUAAGCCAUAUCAAAAAGAUUUCUAUUUUGAUGGUCAUGAACGAGCUGAUGUUGUAGAAGAAAGAAUGAAAUUCUUACAUCGGAUGGAAGAAAUAGAAAAGUUUUUAAUUUACUAUGAUGGUAAAGAGUUAGACAUGGAAGUAGCACCAGAACUUUUAUCUGAUCAAUUUCCUUUUGUUUUUGUUACACAUGAUGAAUCUACUUUUUAUGUGAAUGAUGGUGAAAGUUAUUAUUGGGGUCCUCAAGGUGAACAACCACUUAGACCAAAAAGUCAAGGCGCGUCUCUUCAUGUUAGUGAAUUUUUAUGUGAAACCUUGGGAAGGUUACAAUUAAGCACAGAGGAAAAAGAGAAGAAUAAACAACUUCCACUUAAUCAUCCAAAUCGUCUUCCAUAUACUGAAGCUUGUGUUAUUAUUAAACCGGGAAAAAACAGAGAUGGAUACUGGACACAUAAAAACGUAGCAGAACAGAAUUGCUUACCACAUAUACGAUUCUUUCAUAUUCCUGGAGAUGAUGUGUUUCUUAAAAUCUACUCUUACCAACAAAUUCUAGAAACUCAACUCUGGAUGGAUAUUAUGAGCAAAAAAAUGGCAUCAAAUCUUCCAAUUUCUUCCACAAUCAUACCAGCCCGAAAACUUUCAACCAUUCCAAUUGCCGACUAA